GGGGGGAAAAGUCCUGAUCCCAUUCAUCUGAUUCUCUGCUGUUAAAUAAUUAAACCUAUUCAUUCAUUCCCAUACAUACUUGUGUCUUCUUCAGCUGCAUUGAUUCAUAGAUUUGUCUGCUCAUUUAUGGCAAUACAGGGUGCUGUGCUGAAAUGGAGUUAUACCGAUGUGCUUGCAUGUUUGCAGUUACCAAUGAAUUGCUUGUUUGCUUCGGCCAUUAUUACUAGUAGUAGUAUUUUAAAAAGCCAUUAUUGCCUGAACUUACCAUGAACUUACCAUGAGGUGUUCUGUUUACAGGGGCUUCAUUGCUUUGUAAAGCAUGAGUAGGUUUACCCUGUUUUGAUGUAGCAUCUUCAAAAAAUGGACAGACGAGGUGCAAAGGCUUUUGAGGGCCCCCAGGUUCUGAUCCAAUAGAGGAGGAGGCCAUCUCUCAAAAGGUAGCAGGUGUUUCCUUGGGAAUAGGUGUUGACCAUCAGUGGUAAACAGAGGGUGCUCUGCUGCAAAGCUGGUUCAGAAAGUGUUCUAGAGAUGUCAGUCCGACUGUGGUCUUACCUUGCAAUCUGCUUUUGGGUUCUUAAAUCCAGGCCGUAUCCUACCAAACUGUGUCAGUUUAAAAUUUGGGGUGUGUUAAUUGUUCUGUUGUUUUACUGCAUCUUAGUUAUGGAUACUUGUAUUCCAGUGUUAUAAUUUGAUUUGUUUUAUGGUGUAUUAUAAUCAUGGGUGUUUCUAUUCUAAUGCUUGUGUAAUCAGGUGUUGUUGUUUUUUUAAAUUAAUUUUUAUUGAAAAAUUUCAAUCGGAAAUAAUUAACAGCGCUACUUAUUUUGGCCAUGUCUGCAAGUAUUAGUACGCACAAUUAAUAUCUGCAUCGGUCUAAGCCACGCAUGUCACUUUCAGUCAUUGUCCAGUGAAUGAAACAUGGAUUGCACAGAAGAGCUGAUCAAAACUGUAUGGCAAAGUUCUUCAUACAGUUAUCCAGGCCUCUUUUAGAUUUUUCCUUUGGUUUGUGGGUGUCUUCAGUGGUGUAAAACAUGGAGCCCAUGUUCUUACUUAUUACAUUUCCCACGCAAAUUCCGUCUUUUGCAUGCAGUGGGAAACAAGUAAUGAUUUAUUGUACUUGUUUGUUUUACCACGUCCCUUUCUAAAGUGUGUCUGCGGGUUUUAUAGAAUGGGUGACACCUUUGUGACCAGGAUGUCAAGGAAUCGCAUAACAUGCGAUGGGAAAGGCCAUGACUCAGUAGCAGAGCAUCUGCUUUGCAUACAGAAGGUUCAAUUCCCAGCAUCUCCAGGCAGGGCUGGGAAUGAAACCCCAGAGAAUGAAAACUGCUGCCAGUCAGUGUAAAAAAGGUAAAGGUAUGGACCCUUGGAGGGUUAAGUCCAAUCUAAGGCGACUAUGGGGUUGCGGGACUCAUCUCGCUUCAGGCCAAGGGAGCCGGCAUUUUUCCACAGACAGCUUUCCGGGUCAUGUGGCCAGCAUGACUAAAUCGCUUCUGGCGCAACGGAACACCGUGACAGAAGCCAGAGCAACAGAAACACUGUUUACCUUCCCGCCGCAGCGGUACCUAUUUAUCUACUUGCACUGGCGUGCUUUUGAACUGCUAGGUUGGCAGGAGCUGGGACAGAGCAAUGGGAGUUCACUCCGUUGCGGGGAAUCGAACUGCCGACUUUCCAAUCAGCAAGCCCAAGAGGCUCAGUGGUUUAGACCCCACAGCGCCACCUGCAUCCAUAAUGCUAGUCAGUGUAGAAGAUAACACUGAACCAGAUGGACCAAUGGUUUGUAUAAGGUAGCUUCCUGUAUUCCUCUGUCUUAAGCGAAGGGCUGCUGCCAGUCAGUGUAGACAGCAACUGAGCUAGCUGAAUAUAAGGCAGCUUCCUACAUGUUAGUCAGCUAGUGUAGUGGUUGCUUUUAAGACUAAUCAUGCUAGCUGGGACUGAUGGGAGUUGUAGUCCAAAACAUUAAGGGCACCAGGUUGGUGAAGGUUGCUUUAGAUCAACUUGGGUUCAGUCCUGAUAUGGGCGUUUAAAACAUUAUUCCCCUGUUGGCUUUCGGCUGACCAGUCUUCCCCACCCCUCACUCUGCUUAAUUCUGGUCCAGAGGGAUGGAUGGGAGCAAACACCAUGCAAUUGGAUAAGCUAGCUUAGUCAAUGCCACCUCGAACGUCACCUGCCAGGAGACACUGUUAAUAUUUGUCUAGCACAAUGCUUAUUGAACGGAUCGGUCUGCGCUCUUAAUUUUUUCUCUCUUUUUCAUGUCCCACUUCUUUCUCCUCGGUCCGUACUUUCCAAAACCAAAUGAAGCAGGGUGAGGGUGAGUCCACUUCCUCUUCCAGUUGCUUCAAGGUGUGGUUGACGUCAGAUUUUCACAGAUGUUGGUCCUUUUUUAAUAAAUUGCAUUAUCUUCUGCUUAGCGCGCCCCCGGCUCAGCCACCGCCCCACCAUAAUAGCCAAAGGCAAGCUGACCAUUCAGGGAAGUCCCGUAGCUCAGUGGUUAGAGCAUCUGCUUUGCACGCAAAAGGUCCCAAGUUCAAAACCUGGUAUCUCCAGGUGGGACUGGGAAAAUCCCCCAAGUCUGAAACUCCGGAGAGCCACAUUCAGUGACUAUACUAAACUAAAUGAAGCAAUGAUCUGACUGCAUAAGGCAGCUUCUUAUUUAAAUCAAUCCUUUAUUCAGAAGCAUGAGGACUAGAAACUUAGUUUAUCCUUAGGGAAAAGGAUAUCCCAGUGGUAGAGCAUCCACUUAGCAUUUAAGAGGCAGUGUUAGAAAUUAGCCAGGCGCGUUUUGUGACUGGCGCGGGUCCAAUUGCGGCCACGUGGAGAUCUCUGGAGGCCAGGUUGAUGACUUGGGAAAGUAAAACAUCACUUAGAGAAGGAUGUGAAAUAUUUUCCUUCAAAUCUUGAAUUUGUUUUAUUCUGGAUUGUUUUAUUUGUUUUUUAAAUGUGUUGUAAACUACUUUGAGAUUUGUUUUUUCAAAUAUAAAGCUGUAGAAAUGAAAUUGUUAUUAUUAUUAUUAUAACAACAAUAUUCAAUUGCACAAAACAGCACCCAGACAUUCCACUGUGGCGACCAUAAGCUAGGUUUAAUUUGCCAUUUGGUGAUUAGAUUAGAUAAGAUAUCUGAGUUUCUAACACUGCUAGAAGGUCCCAGUUUCAAUCCCCAGUUAGCGCUGGGAAAAUACCUAGAACCCCGAAGAGCUGCUGCCAGUCAGUGUAGGCAAUACUGAGACAGACGGACCAAUAGCCUGACUCUGUAUAAGGCAGCUUCCUGUGACCCCUUUCUCUUGCCCCCUCCAUUUCUUACUUGCCCACCUGCCAAUUCUAGCACACAAGGGAGUGAGGGGAAGAGGUUUGCUGACUGGCAGGUGAGUGGACAAAUAACUUGUCCCAUGCAGAUGAGACCUAACAAAUCACCUGCUCCCUGUUUAUCACAUCCCUGCAGAGAGUAUCUUGCAAGCACACUCCUCUUCUGUUGCACCCCGUGAGGAUUCAGUCUGCCUCCUAUAGCUUGGGAGCCGAAGAGUUAAGGGAUGAUUGCCACUUACUCAACUUUGGACUUACAUCAUGCAUUUUCAUCACCAGAUUCUGGCAGCUGAGCAGCCGCUGCUGCUCCUGCUGCUGCUCCUCCCUCUGGGGCGAACAGGGAUAUAAUGACAGCAUGUGUUCAGAUUAGUCCAGCCCAGAGGCUUUCCAGGAGGCACUUAGAGCUCUUUAAUUGCCCAGACAGACAGCAGAUCGUAACCCCAGCAGUCUAGAAUAGCCUUCAAGCUAGGGAGCCGCUUUGCCAGGCAAGAAGGGAGAAGGCAGCUGAGCUUUUAAAAUUCUACCGGGAGAUCUUCAUCCUUCCUCAAAACUUGACUUUUUAAAAUAUAUAUAUAUAUAUAUAUACAUGUAGCUUCAAAAAAAAUUUUUUUAUUCCCCACCCCCUGCAUACACACACACACAAAUUGAAAGCGGUGCUCGCUCUCUCCUGUUGCCUUUUAAUAAGAGGAAUUUAACAAAAUCCAAGAUUAAACUUCCAGCGGCUUCCUAAGUGUUGCAUGAAGGCACACUAAGCCGCCUGGUGUUGAUUAAACCUCUUUCGUGGGGUUUUCUACCCCCCCUUUUUUUGGUAAAAAUUGAACAUUUAACAAAUACGCUAAGUUUUUGCUCCUCCUUUUUCUAAUCCGGUAGUUUUCAGGAUCUUUUUGUUUAAGCAACUUUUAGCCUCCUUUUUAUGGGGAACUGCUUCUUUAUGAAAUGGCAAGGCUGGUUUGGUUUUGUUUCAUUUCUUUUUGACCAAAGCAAUCUGAAAACAGAGGCUAUCUGAACUUGGCGGGUGUGAUGUUUUUUGCAAGUUAGUAGUUCGUCUGCAAAAGAUUAUUUCAAGGCCUUUUUUUGCUGUUGAGUCUUGCUGUGUGUUUCUCUCUGAUUUGUGCAAAGAACAGCAAUGAAGAUAUUUCAGCAUAUUAACGAUCGCUCCUUUGGAAGCUCCGCUUGGAAGUGGCACAUUCAGGACCCAGCAAGCCAGCGGUUGACAUGGAACAAACCUCCGAAGAGUGUCCUUGUUAUAAAAAAAAUCCGGGACGCCAGUCUCCUGCAGCCCUUCAAAGACCUCUGCAUCUAUCUCACAGAGGUGAACAACAUGAUUGUCUAUGUAGAAAAGAAAGUGUUAGAAGACCCAGCCAUCAUGAACGAUGAUAGUUUUGGACCAGUGAAGAAGAAAUUUUGCUCUUUCAGUGAAGACUACGAUGAUAUCUCCAAUCAGAUAGACUUUAUCAUCUGCCUGGGAGGAGAUGGGACCUUGCUUUAUGCCUCUUCACUCUUCCCAGGCAGCGUACCUCCCGUGAUGGCUUUCCACCUGGGUUCACUGGGAUUCCUUACCCCGUUCAAUUUCGAGAACUUUCAGUCCCAAGUGACUCAGGUUAUUGAAGGCAAUGCAGCCCUUGUUCUCCGGAGCAGGCUCAAAGUGAAAGUGCUCAAGGAGCACAAGGAGAAGAAGGCAAUGAUUCAAAACGGGAUCGAAGAGAAUGGGCUGAUUUCUCCGAGCCUAGAGAAGGAACUGUUCAAGCAAGCCAUUCAAUAUCAGGUCCUGAAUGAAGUUGUGGUGGAUCGGGGCCCUUCCUCAUACCUUUCCAACGUGGACGUCUUUCUAGAUGGGCACCUUAUCACCACAGUCCAAGGAGAUGGUGUCAUCGUCUCCACACCCACGGGCAGCACGGCAUACGCAGCUGCUGCAGGCGCUUCAAUGAUCCACCCGAAUGUCCCUGCCAUCAUGAUCACCCCAAUCUGCCCACACUCACUCUCUUUCCGACCCAUCGUCGUUCCUGCUGGGGUGGAACUGAAGAUCAUGCUGUCUCCCGAAGCCAGGAAUACAGCGUGGGUUUCCUUCGAUGGGCGGAAGAGGCAGGAGAUCUGCCACGGGGACAGCAUCAGCAUUACUACCUCCUGUUACCCCCUCCCUUCAAUCUGUUUCCAAGACCCCGUAAGUGACUGGUUCGAUAGCCUGGCCGAAUGUUUGCACUGGAACGUCCGGAAAAAGCAGAACAACUUUGCUAUAGACGAAGAAGAGGAGUUUUGAGUGUUGGCACUAGCAGAGGAUCAUGGGAGGUGGAAUCCCUUCUGUACAGAAACAUGUUUUUAAGCCUGUAGCUCUGGGGAGUAGACCAAUAUAAUAUAAUAUUAUAUAAAUAUAUAUAUAUAUAUAUAAUAACUUUUUUAAAUACAGCGAUGUACCUCAUAUCAGUCUGUUCUGCUGAUGACCAGAUAUCAUGUCGUUGUUUUUCUGUCUGUCAGGAGGGCUUGAGGUGAGAAACAAGCAGAGAUACUUUUUGUCGGGGCAUGUUAGAAAUGUCCGAUGUUUGUUCGUUGAUGUGCAAUGUGUUUUCCGCACAACGUGUUUCCUAGAAAGAAGGGGUUUUUUUUGCAAAAGCCUUAUUAAAAAUGAAUGAUGUUUUCUUGGACUUUUGUUCCCGGUUAUCAGCAAAUCCCCAGAUUCUCUUUAUUGGCCACUGUGUGGGUCGGGCAAAUGUUGGUUAAAGGGGCGCUAAAACGUUUUCUCUUACGUUUUUCAAAUCUUCAGUUCUGUGCACUUAUUUCUGGCAAUGUAAAGAGUAUCAAUCCGUUCUUGGUUGCCACUCUUCCCCCCACCCCCCACUUUUUUCUUUUCUUUUCCAGCUCACAAGAAAUGUGGUUUCAUGGCUGCUUAGAGCAGGGAUUCCUACCCCCACCCCGGGAUAUUUCCCCACCAUCUUUGUUUAAAUGUGUUUGUAGGAACUUUAUUACACCUCCCUGAUGGUGAUCAAAAAUAAGUAGGUCUUGUUGGGGGUUUUUUUGGAAGGAGGGAGACAGGUUUUGAAUUGCAGAAAGUUGUCAAGAUGAGUGUUCAUAGAUCAAUUCUAGAUGUGAUCAGCAACAUUAAGACAAAGGCGGCCUCUGUAUGAAAGACGAAGUUGGAAAUUGGUUGGACUGGGACAUGCAGGCAGUUGUCACCUGUUGGUUGAGUAACUGGGAACGUCAGACGCCUCCUUAAACCAUUCCUGGUGAAAUCACAAGGACUGUGCGCCAAAAGCACCUGUGUGCAUACCUUUUGGGUUUCAGCUGGGCUUGCACAAGAGAUGAUUCCUCUGAGCUGUGCAAAAUCUGAAGGUUAAAACUUCACUGUCACAUGGGAAAUGUAUUGGGAUUCUUUAAAAAGGCAAAACAAAACCAGUACGUUUUGGGAUUUCUACGGUUUCCAGACAAGCAGCCAUUUUUGCCGUGAUGGUUGAAUCUCAAAUAAGCCACCCAAACUUUGGGUGUAUCUUUUUUAUAUGGCAGUGAGGGAUUUGGAAAGUCUUAUGCGAAUGUGCUGGUGGGUGGCAGCUUCCCCCUUUGCCGCUCUUUUGGGCCCUGGUCUGUGGAUUUCUGCCAAGAACAAGGACCUGUAGGCUGUAGUUAGCUGGGGCUUUCAUUUCCAUGGGGUUUCCAGUUUGCUCAGCCACACAUGGAGGCAUCGCCUGAGCGGUGAGCUUUGCAAACACUUCUAUGGUAUAAGCAAGUCUGCAGGCCCAGCAAUGUGUGUGUUUUCUGUGUCUUUAAAAACCCAACAAGGAGCAGUCGCCAAGCACCUAUUAAAUGACCCAGUCAGAAGAGAUAGGCCAGGAGUCACAGCUGCCCUCAGGGAAUGCAGGCUGGCUUGGCUGUUGCCUUUUUGGACCAGGGUAGCCAAUGGAGUGCCUUCAAGACAUGAAGGACUCCCAUCAGCCCCAGCCAGCAUGAUCAGUAGCCAGGGAUGAAGCCAGGAAUGAUGUCCUUGGCAUUUGGAGGUCACGACAGCUGCUCAGGAUGGGGCCCUGAGUGCCUCUAGGCUAGAAUGAUGCUGGAGUGGGCGGCCGUCAUGUGAGAAAUGUCCAGGCGGGGUAUUACGGGAGUUUCCAAUCAGAAGACCAGGAGAUGUUACUAGCACAUUUCCUCUUUUUGUGUGCCUUCAGCACACUCUGAUGUUGUUUGUUCGUUUGAAGCUUUCUCAUGGAUGUACACUUCUAAAUAUAUAUUCCUUGUUUUUAUGAAGAUAGUUAAAAGGGGAUGGUAAAAUCUAUCUAUUUUCUUUUUUUGGACUUAAGCUUGGGUCUACCGCUUGCAAUGGUACAAGGUGGUGGAAUAGCUCUAUAAGGUUACUGCUAAAGGGUUGCCCAUUCUGACAGCCCUUCAGAUAAAAGAGGGGGGGGGAAUACCAUCAUGUAAACUGGAAUCUGACCUGCCAUGGUUGUAGGGUUGACCUGUCACACAUGUUGCUUUUCUGCCUGAUGGUCUCGUGAUCUGGUGUCAAAUUUUUUUUAUAAAAAGGAUUGAUCAUUCAGAAAUGGUGAACCCUCCGCUUUGAAGUGGAACAGCCAGAUUUCUGCCACAUCAAGACUAUACCACCUCGUGCCUCUGCAUGUGUGUAGACUAAGCCGCUGAGGUUUACAUGCACGUUCUUUAGCAGCAUCGCCAUCCCAUGCCUCCUGCCUUAUCCAAGCACUUCUGCAGAGAUCUUGAGAUGCCCUCAGCCAGUCCUUGUCUGUGACACAAAAGGUUGAUGGAAGGGGAUAGAGAGAGAGACCCCAUGCUCCCUAAAUGAAUGGAGUUCUGUUGGGGUUUCGUGGCUGCCUUAGCAUUAGGGAAAGUGUGUGUUUCACCCACCCUUUUGCAACAGGGAUGAGGCGCCUGAGGGCCUGUAGAUCCUGUUGGGCUACAACUCUCUGACUACCAGCUACCAAGGGACUCAGGCUCUACAAACAGGUUUUACAACAUACACCUGAGAGUUUGAUCCAACCAAUUUUGCUGAGAGUAAACCCCUUGAAAUGAAUGGCCUUUAGUUACAUCUGCUAAUUUAAAUGGAUCUUCUUCUGAGGGAACCCUGAAUGUUUCUCUUUCCUCCCCAGCGUCUCAAGACCUUGUCCGUUUAGUUUUGCGCAAAGCAAAUUUUCAGCUCUUGACGGUAGCGUCAACUGCACUAAAUUGUGUUAUGUGUGCGUUAUAUAUUUGUGAAAGGGUAACUAUUGUAAAUGUUUUGUGUGCUAGAAUAUUGGAUUCGGGUUUGUUGGCUGGUUCUGAAACUGGGUCUGAAUUGGGCAAAAUGUUGUUGGCAACAUUUGGGAAAGACGUUUCAACCAGCUUUUGAGAUACCUUGGUUUCGCUUAUAUUUUAUAGUACUGUAUGGUUAUGUUACCACUGGUUUUUUUUUAAGUCAGGGUUUUCUAGAUGGCAGAGAGUGCACUGUUUUUGAAUCACAGUCUUGCUUUCUAAUCUGUGAAAAUAGAGCUUUGCUUUAAAAAGGCAAUGACGCCCCCGACACCCUUAAAUGCAAGAAUUAAGAAAAGGAACAGAAUAAAGGACUUCAGGUUGUAGCCAGCAAAGCCCUCCUGCUAGGGUUGCCAGACUCAAUAGAGGACAGGACCUCUGUGCCUUUAAUUGCCCUGCUCUCUCUUUUGAGUCUGGAAACCUUAAAGAGAAACCAGCAGACCCUUUGUU